UGUAGAUUCUUUGUCUUAGACAGUGUAUAUAUUUUCCCCAAACAAUGCGAUUGUUAUUUGCCACUUAAAAAAUCUCUUCUGGUGUUGCUUUAUGUCUUUGUGUGUGUGAUGCACAGUGCGGUGCACAGUGCUGUGCUCAAGCAAAACGAUAUGAUCGCUGCGAGCUGCCCGAGGAGGUUCUACUAUUGAUGCAUUUACGUUUCUAGUUGUGCAUAUAUUUACUUUUUCUUGCUUACCAUAUAAUACAACGACCCGGAAUGAAGUCAAGCCCAGGAACGAACUCAAGACGCACGACGCGCGCGCAGACACGCUCGCAGACUCGCUCUCCGCCAAUCUCUGGCACAACCCAGCGAGAGAGUCCAGAACCGGGCUCGCCUUCUCCAGCCAGCAGCCAGAGCAGACCCGCAGACCCGCCCUCAACACCCCCAGCAAGCAUACAGCGCGGGCCCGCAGAACCGCCCUCGCCAUCGCCCGCCAGCACCCAGCGCAACGCCCCCAACCCUGCACUACCCACAACACCACCCCCUCCCUCCCCAAACACAUGCACCCACCCCCGCCACCCCGCGCACGCCCACCCCCCCACCCCCCUCUGCCCCCUCUGCACCCUCACCCAGUCCCUGACCCACUUCCACGCCCCCUCCACCACCCUCCUCGCCCACGGCGGCAGCACCCCCUGGCAGACCUCGCUAGCCGGCAUCGCCGACGCGACGGCCGCGGAAACGAGCCGCCAGCUGUGCGCGUUCGUGUCUGGCCGCAAGCGGGCGCGCGGGUCGAAUGGGAUUCAGCAUGUGGAUGGGGCGGGGGGGCUGAGUUAUCCGCGCGCGAGGACGGGGGUGCUGAGGGUGGUUAGGGGGCUGGAGGUGCUAAGGGGUGAGGAGGAGGCGUGGGAGCGGGAGAGGGAGGGGGCGAGGGAUAGUCUGGGGCAGGGACAGGGGCAGGGGGGUGAGGACGUGACGGGACAGGCUGAGGCGGCGCGGCCGUGGAGCGCAGGCGCAGCGCUGGAGAAGUGGGGCCGCGAGCGCGCCGCGUUCGGGCGCAACGAGCGGGUUGCGGGCCGGCGGGCGCGCGGGCGCGGGUUGAUGAUGCAGGGCGCGGUGCUGGAGGGGUGGCCGGGGCCCGAGGACUACUGGGCGGACCGGCGGGCGGUGAUUGAGGUGACGGCGGCGCAGCGGGCGUUUCUUGCGGGCGUGGGGAUGGACGACGACGGCGCUGGGGGAGAGGCUGAGAGCGAGAGCGAGGGCGAGGGGGAGGAUGGCGAGGGGGAGGAUGGCGAGGGGGCGGAUGGCGAGGGCGUGCCGAGGCGGAAACGCCGCUGUGGUGGUGCGAGGGUGGUGUUUGAUCCGCAUGCGUAUGUGCGUGCUGACGCGGACGUCGAUUCGCUGUUCCGUCCGUCAGUGCGGGUCUCAGCGCCUGUUCCGCUGCCGCUGCGGAGUAUUCUGCGCACGGCGCCGCGCCGCAUACACCAGCUGCCUGCACGUGCACAUGUCGUCGUAGACAUGGUGGUGCACGAGCGGCACGUUAGCCCGCGGCGGCGGCGGGUGGUAGUGGAUACGAUAGUGGAUACGAGCGGGAGCAGGCGGAGGCCGGAGGAGUGGGAUGCAUAUCGGACGGCGCUAGCUGCGGAGGUGGAGGGGGAUGAUCUGAGUAAGGAGGCGGAGAGUGAUCUAAGUGAAGAGGUGGAGGGUGACGAUCUGAGCAAGGAGGUGGAGGGUGAUGAUCUAAGCGUAGAGGCGCAGGGUGAUGAUCUAAGCAAGGAGGUGGAGGCUGGCUGUAUUGUUUCUUAAUUGAAGGCGUU